GCCGAUUAGUUAGGUCGAGGCCGCUGCCAAAAGUAGUCGUAAAUUGCGGUAGUGAAUUUCUUGAUUAAUUUGUUCAUGGCGUUCAAGAAAUAUUUUGGGUUUUUGUUAAGCUUGUGCUGUGUGCAUUGCUUCAAUAAAAUUGUUGCCAACGCUGGUAAUGAUUGCCAGACUAAAAGUGGCCAGUCUGGAAAAUGUAUACCGAUACUUAAUUGCAGUUCCUUAGUUGAACUAUCUGUAAAGGUGUCCAGAACAGAAAUGGAAACAGCACUUUUAAAAUAUAGUUUUUGUAAACUUGAAGAAUUCACUUAUAAAGUAUACUGCCCUCAAAAGGAUUACAUCUCUGCUGCCCUAAAUAAUGAUAAAAUACAGUCUAGGGGUAAUCUACCGACAACUAAGGAAUGCGGGCUCGAUGCCCCCAGCAUAGCAAAUCGUAUCUACGGUGGGGUUAAUACUAUUAAUGGUGAAUAUCCCUGGACUGUAGGGAUUUUUUUCAAAAAUAAAUUAACCUUUCCAGACAAUGAAGAUUUCCUUAUAUGUGCUGGCUCUCUUAUAACCGAAUACUUUGUUAUCACCGCCGCACAUUGUUUUUCUGAUGAAAAGAAAUCAGUACCGGAUUAUUUUGUACGUUUGGGUGCACGUAUAAUAAAUAACCCUAUGCUGGAUAAUGAAAUAGAUGCAAUAAUAAAACAUCCGCAUUAUAGGAAAAAAACCUCAGUUAAUGACGCAGCAUUAUUACAUAUGAAAGUUGGUGUCAAAUACUCUCAAAUUACACCCAUUUGUCUGCCACUCGAUGUGAGUCUACGUGAUAAUAAACGUUACGAGAAACAGCAAGCUAGCAUCAGCGGUUGGGGAAUGACUAAAAAAGACAACUCUGACCCUAGUAGUAUUCAGUUAAAAACGCAUGUUGAGAUAAUACCAGUCGUUCAAAAGGAAAAAUAUUAUUAUUGCAACAAUUUUACAAUAAGUAGCAGCAAAAUGUGCGCCACGGGCAAAGAUCACGAUGCAUGUAAAGCCGAUUCUGGUGGACCGCUUAUGAUCAAAGAAACUUUAAAUGGAAGUACGAAUUGGUAUCUAAUAGGCAUAAGUUUCCUUGAAUAACAAAUGUGGAACUGAUCAAUCUAUUGGCAUUUACUCACGCGUCAAUACUUUUAUUGAUUGGAUAAUACUCACCUUAAAAACAUAUUGUAAGUGAUUCGAACAAAAGUACUGUAACCAAACAAUUUUUUUGCUAUGAAUAAAUAAUUUCAGUGUAAAUUUUAAGAAAUUAUAACAAUUUAUUAAGGAUAAGGCCAAUCUAGAGCCCUAUAAAGGCCUCAUUUUGGCAAUUUAUACUGGAAGCAAAGAGAAAGGAAACGACUUUUGUUUCUUUCAGGCAUUAUUAAACAUGUUUUUGUUUGCAUAUUUUUAUUAUUAAAAUUUUGAUAUAAAAUAGUGGUUACCUUCUCGAAAAGCGCCUUUCGGACGACGUUAAUUCUGGGAAUUCAUGUCAUCUCAAACGGAG